AUGGAGUUCCCAUCUUCCCAUAAAAAGUCGAAUGGAAUCCUCACAGCUCUCGAUGGAGCAGCGAGUUGUGGAGCGGCGCUGACCGACGUCGAGCCACUGCUUGUCAAUCCAAUCACUGAACAACAUCCAAGAUUAGUCCCAUUGGCCUCAUUUUUUGCUCAACAUCCACAUCACAAUUUCGACGGUCACCUAGAAGCAAAUGCCUCGCGAACGAAAGAGAACCCGUUACCGAAUAUAACUUUCACUGAGAAAACACCGGUCUAUGCUCUCCAGUAUCAGUGUGACGGUUUACAACAUCGAUGGAUACCAACAAUCGUUUUUCAGAUGCGACCAGAGAGCACUUCGACUAGCACUUCUGGCGGAUAUUUAGUCGUACGACUCGAACCUUUCGAUCUAAAUCUAUGCAAUGAUGUGUCUGUGACUGAAUGCAAUACAAAGUGCUCAUGGACGGUUCAAGGAGGUGUUCGUGUUUUGGCCAAAGCCUGCUGCGAUGCUGUUCAUCAAAAGAACACUUGUCGAGAGGACAGCGAGCGCGGGCGUAGCAUGCUGUUGCUGUUCAACGCUGGCUGUGCCUUAGCCUGCAUUCUGCUCAUUCCAGUGGUGAUGCACGCACGUCGAACGCAACACGAGGGACGGGGAUGGGCACUGAUGGAGUUGUUUCUGCUUGGCGCCUCUGUGCUCUACUCGAUUUUGCUUUUGGACUGGCUAGCGCCAGCGGCUGCUGGUUGCUGUGCGGCGGUUUGGCUCCGACAGAUCGGUUUCUCCAUCUUCUAUGGAUCGAUUGUGCUCAAAAUUUAUAGGAAUCUACAAGAGUACCGCGUUCGGAAAGCUCAACACGUUUCCGUCCGGGAGCAGGACAUGCUCAAGUAUUUGUCGGCUCUCCUCGCGCUCACGAUCACUGGACUGAUCGCGUGGACAGUCGGCUCUUGGGGUGACGCGGAGUUGUGGAGAACCGCUUGGCCACAAUGUACUAUACAAAGCUGGUCCCUCAUCUGGCAUUGCUACGAACUGUUGUUCCUUUUCUAUGGAAUGCGGCUUUGCUUUAAGGCGAGGAAUAGUGAUUGGCUAGAGAGAUGGCAAUUCACAGUAGCCGUUUGCCUCGAAGCUGUCGCCACACUGAUGGCCAAUUUGAUCAGAUACUCAGUGCGAAACUCAGCUCACAGCGAUACCCUCUUCACAAUCACUUUUGUGCAGCUACAACUAACUGUUUCGGUCAAUAUUGUCAUCAUUAUUGCGCCAAAAUUUUAUCUGGUAUCCGGUGAAUCAACGCGACGAUCUCUUGCCGUCGGUCAAAGCGCUCGUGCUCAUCCAUCGCUCGCCAAACUUCGUGACAACAUCCUCAAUGGGACAAUCGACUUCGCUGAGGUGCCAAUUGUGGAUAUGAAUCCGGAGGAUAUUCGGGCGGAGUUGAAACGGGUUUACACACAGCUGCGCAUGUAUAAACUCAAAAAUCUCUACCAAGACAAUCCGCACAUCAGCAAAAAGAGAGGUGGCAAGAAAUGGAGUGACAAAUCUACAGCCAAAGCCGCAGUACGACGAAUGUCGAUAGGUGGAGCGAGUGGGCCAACUGUGGGAGGAGUAGUGACAGCUGGAUCGGGCGGUGGCACGAGUCCAGCACGUUCGCGAAUCGAAGAAGACGAGAAAAGUGAUUUAACUGUGGAGAGUGCGCCGCAUAAUGUCUAUUUGAAUAAACUCAAUCUCGAGUCGAAUUGCUCUGUAAGGGUC